AUGAGCAACCUAUCUUCAAACGUAUGUUUUGAUGCAUUAUCGGUGCUGAAUAAUGUACAUCUCGUGGAAAAUGUGUGCAGCAUCUGCGGGGCCUCGCAUUACACCCAGAACUGCCCGGAGAACGCCAAAGGAGACCAUGUUAAGGAUAAGCCGACGCUUAACCUUUCAAGGUCAUCGGUGCCGAACGGGUUGCUGAUAAUGGACACACCGGAGGGCGGCAGCUGCGUAGUGACGUCACAAAAGUUUGCCAAAGGGACCCGCUUCGGGCCGCUGCUCGCGCAGCGCUCCUACGUGCCGGUGAAGAGUAUUCCGUUUCCGCUCGUCCUGUUCGCGCCACCCUACUACCACGAGGGCGAGGACGAUGAGUACAGUGCAGAGCUGCAGACGCUGUUCAGCAGCGGUCGGAACGUGUAUCUGGACACGCGCAACGAAACCAAGUGCAACUGGAUGAUCCACGUUAGUCUGGCACGGUUUUCGAACGAACAGAACCUCAUUUGCUAUCAGGAAAAUGACGAAAUCUACUACUCGGCAGUGAAGGACAUCGAGCUGGGCGACAUACUACGAGUGUGGUACUCGCGAAGCUAUGCCGCCAAGAUCGGAGUGUCGCUGCUCGAGCCGAGUCCGUACGACAUUUGCAACAACAUACUACGCUCCGUCAGCAUGGACUAUGGGUUUGCGCUAGAGAAAGCGUCCAGCAACGGUUGUGCGGCCGAUGAGUAUAACCGAUCACCGCCAAUGAACGUAACGACGAUCGCUGGCGGGCUCUGUGCGGACAGUUGUAGUGCACUAUCCUGUGGCACUGGCCGCGAUAGAACUCCCAACGCCAUUGCAGAGUCCAUUAUGAUUCCACCUGCGUUCGAUGAUACCUUCUCGUCGAUGCCGCACAGUGUUGGUAGUGGUAGUGAGCUUGCGGACAUCGACAACAACAACAAUAGUAGCAACUUCUGCUCGGCUACCUCCGAUUUACUGGCAACCGGACAGCGGUGCAGCGGAGGAUCACCGGCAUCGACUUCGGGGUACGAUAAGGUAUCGCUACCGCCCAUUGACAGUCUGAUGAAAACGACUUCGCCGAAGUACAGCAACACGCCCCUGCACCACCAACAGAACCACAUGUUCGAUUUGGAGUUACUGGGAACAGGUGCGGCACUGACCGCAGCAUCGUCUUCGAACGUGGCUGAUUUGAUGGACGUUUACUUCAACCAUAGCUCCGCGGUUACCCAUUCUAGUCAGCAUGUGGGGCAACCGCAGCAUCAUCCCUUAAAUCACCACCACCAGGAGCAGCAACAUUUGGCGUCGUUCUCUCAACACAGUCAAAACCAUAACGAUCACCAUCAUCUUCAGCAACAACAGCAACAACACCUCGGAAUGAUCUCUAUGGCGCCGGAGGAUGAUCUCCGCCUGGCAAGACAGCUUAGCUCCCAUCUCGAACAGCAAUCGCCGAUCAGCCACAUGCAUCACCAUCAUCACCAGCAUCAUCCGCAGAUGGUGGGUUCAUCUGCGAACCUGCUCGAUUAUGCACCGUGUCUUCCGGACGACACGCUGAGUCCGGCUGAUUUGAUCAACAUUUCGCUCGGUGCCAGUGACAUCAACAUAGCGUUCGAAUCGUUCGACGAAGCUACCAUCGGAGGAAUGGGUGACAACGCGAAUGGUCACAUGAUGUCCUAUGAUGCGGCUGGCGACGAGCCGGACGGUGUCGCUUUCUGUGACUCCAGCUUUACCCUCAUGGCCGCUACCGGAACUAAUUGCAGCGACAGUGGUGGCGAUGGUGGUGGAUUGGAAAAAUUGCACAGUCGUUUCUCGUCCUCUUCCGACUCGUUGAUCACACUCAAUGAUGCCGGUAGCGUUGGGGGAGUGACGGCCGUUACACCGACUCCCUCGCUAGUGCCUUCGACACCGGGUGGAAGCGUAGCAGCGGAUACAGAUACGGAGAAGAAGCACGUGUGCGAGGUUUGUCUGCGAAAGUAUAUGACCAAGUCGAAUCUCGAUAAGCACGUGCGCAAGCACAAUCUCUUUCUGUGCGUAUUCUGCAUGAAGCUGUUCCAGCAGGCGGACGAACUAAAGGAGCAUGAGUGCAGCGAACGGCGAACCAAAACCGCAUACCUGCACUGUCCGAAGUGCUUAAAAGUGCUGUCGAACUCGUGGUCGCUGCAGCGGCACAUGAAAAUCCACAAGGAGCUUAUUCACGAUGAACCGUCUAUGGUGACGCUGGCGAUCGCUGGCGGCACGAUAGAGGAGCGGUCAAACGCUGUAAUCGAAUCUCCGGCGUACGAAGAUAUUUCCAUCACGUCAACAGCAACGGAAGAGGAUGUAAAGCCCACGAUCGAGCACCGAUUAGAGGACCGAGUCGAUGGAGUCAAUACCAUGAAGUUGAUCGCCAGUAGCGAGAUCAAGCAAGAGAUUUUCGAUCCCGAACCAGUGCCACCCCAGCAGCAGCAAUCGCUGGUGGGUAAAAUGUCCAUAAAAUCGGAACCAGGCGUCCGUAGGGCUGGCUCAUCGCCCGGCUCCCCGUUAACACCAGUCGUUUCAGCUUUGCCUAAUGCUACCACAGGAACAGCUGCGACAAAUACAAGCUCGAGUCAGGAUAUGAUCACCAACGUGCAGGCGCCGAACGGGAAGCAGCUCUACAAAUGUAUUGUGUGCUCGAAACUGUUUAAAAAUCCGAAUGCCCUCGAAAAGCAUCUGCGCAAAGUGCACACCGUCUACACGGUAUCGAACGACUACAAAUCGGAGAAGAAGGUGAUGAGCCAGCUGAAUCAAAAGAAAACAUCUCCGAUAAAGCCGGCCAUUGCGAAGGCGCUGGCUACGAAGUUGUCGCAAAAAAGCAAAAAACAGGAGGAACUAAAUGCUGCCGCUGCGGCUGCCGCGGCCGCUGCUACCGCCGCAGCAGCAGCGGCAGGGGGCGCUUCCGGUGCUCCGUCGUCUGUUACUGAACCACAGUCACAACUCGGUAACGAUAGUAACUCAAGAACGGUGGCCCAAGAUUCGCUGCAACAAAACAAAACGGUCCAGCAAACGUUAAAAGAAUCAACACAUGCAUCACGGUCGCAGAAUCCUAAGAAAAAGCACGCCACAGCCAACGGUAGCGAGCUUGGCAGCAAUAACUGUCCCGGUAGUGCCACAACUCUUGCAACCACCGAAGGUAACCAGAGGCAACAUCCAAAUUUGGGAAGCCGAGACAGGAGAGAGCUUCAGAUCGCGUCCAAUGCCAAAGAUCUCACCACGGGUUGCAUCACGCCGGCGUCGUCUGUGGCGGCUACUUCAGCCGCUGCCAAAUCGCACAGCAUCAUUAUCAUCUCAAAUCUGGAGCUGACGAACAACAAUCUCAUCGACACCAGUCACCUGUUCCACGGAGCCACCGGCACUGGAAGCGGGCCUAGCAAUAGUGCGCUAGGAAACAAGCUCGAUGUGAAAGUAUUAAAUUCGUCGGACAAAUUGCCGAAACUGGUGCCUAUUUCAAACCACCACCAUCAUCCACCAACCGUGGUCAGCAUGGGUGGCCCAGCGGGUACGCUGCAGCUGCCUGCUGGAGCCAUAAUGGUUCCAACCACGGGGACGGUUACCAUGGGAAAUAUGAUGAACUCUAAUGUACAGGCUGGAAGCGGACAAGGAAGUGGUGCGGCAAGUGCCGUUCCUACAGAGAGUGUGUUUGUAUCGUCCGGUGGCAAUGCUACUGUGGACGUCGAGGGAUGUAGCCUCGUGGUUGAGGAUAUAUCCAGUGCAGGAGCCGGAAGUGUGGGCUCAGUCCCAACGUUGCAUGAAUCGCAGCUUCUUACGCUAUCCUCCAUAAAACUGUCCGAUUCCAACGAUCCGGCGAACGAUCACGAUUGCGCUUCGAUGAUCGCUGAAUCUGACCACGCGCAGCUAUCACAAACAUUUCCAUGUGACGAAUGUGAUCGAGUAUUUGCAAAGAACUAUCAACUGAAAAGGCAUUUGGAAAUUCACGACAGUGUUUACUACACGUGCCCGUAUUGCGAUCGCGGACCGUUGAAGGCGAAAGCAUCACUGCGCAAGCAUCUCUACAACGUGCACCCGGAGCGAGCUCCGCCCAAGGAGCAGAUCAAUAAAUUCAUCUCCACUCUGGUGGUGACGGAUGAGAAUGUUCUUCGGGAGCUGGCGAUAAAAAAUGAGCGAAAAAUACGCAACAAAAGCGCCAAACAACAGGCAAAACAGUUACAGCAGCAGCUGCUGCAACAACGACAAAAGCAGGACCAGCAACAGCAAGAUCAUCACCAAAAGUUGGAUACGCUUUGCAACAGUUCGACUUCUGCAAACUUUCUGGCAACCGCGAAUGUUGCGGCAACUGGUAACGUUAUUAUGUACGAAAAUGGUUUCCCAAGGUCAGCGUUGAUCGGUGAGGAGGGUGAGGACAUGCUUUCCUUUAAAACGAUAUUUCCCAGCGAAGGCAGUAUUGGUGAGUCGUCGAUCGAUCCGAUGGACCACACCUCGUUGGAAAACUGCGACCAGAGCAGCACGUGCAGUAGCAGCACCAACUACGUUUCUCUCGCUGGUGGCAGCACGGUCGUGCAGGAAGAGGAUAAAAAACGGAAAGCCUCUAAUAACCAGGCUCGUUUGGCUCAGUCGCAUUAUUUAUCGUCGGCCCGGAGCGCCCACGCCUGUAGUGGACGAAGCAACAGCAUUGAUGGCGGGAUCAUCGUGAGCGAGGGUAAGCGUAUGAGGAUCGUAAAUCCGUCAGUGCCCAGUAGCGCAAUGAUUCGAUCCAACGACACUGGAACUAUGGAUGUGAGCGGUUCGCGGGAAAACGCCCAGCAACGUUAUGGUAGCUGUAGCAGCAGCAGUAGCAGCAAUGUAGCAGGAACUCCAGUUACAAACGGCACGGGUGCGCUUCGAUAUUUGCGCAAAAUUCACUCAGUACCAGCACCACCCCCCACAUCGGAAUUGACUGGCGCUAGUUCGUCUUCUGUUUCGCUAAUGCCUUUUAACGGCGGGAACCAUAGUCAUAAUCAGUCAUCGCAUGGUGUUGGCGUUCCGCUGGUGGACGGAGGAGUUGGUAGUAGUAGCAGUGCACCACAACUUAAUCUGGACAGCCUGUUUGGUAACAUAUCGAUCGAUAAUUACGAGUUCGACGACAACGCUACGAUUCAGUCGUUCAGCUUGAUUGAGGAGAAAUUUAAAACAUCGUUCGAUCAGAUACAGGAGAAGCUCGAUGCCGAGCUGCCCUUCGACGAGGAGCAAAUCAAGUGGCAGAACAACCUCAUGGCGAACGAUUCGUCGAGUGAGAUCGGUGACAAGAUGCUGACCGGCGAAGAAAACAUAAUGCUUAUUUAA